CAAAAACAUUUUCGUUUUGGGUCAAGAACUAUAGACUGACAAAACUGCAGUAUGUGAAACACAAGUGUGUCAUGUGCAGUCUGUUUAGAAGGAACAGAGGUGACGUGAGUCUAACUCUAAUGUCCGGCAGGAUGGCUGCUAUUUCUGAGGUUAUUUUAACACAGUAUUAAACCACAAAGAGGAAACUGCAGCAUCAGCUACAGAUCUGCUGCAGAGAAGAAAAGCCUCACACGACGUCUGCCUGCUGACAGAGAACGACACAAAAUGUCUCUGCUGGGAUUAAUCUUUUUUUCUGUGCUUCAGUUUGAAGGCGUCAGUGGAGAAGUAAAAUAUCUCUACAGCAGAGCUGGACAUUAUGUCAUCCUGUCCUGUGGCAGAGCAUCAUCCUCUGAUCCAACAUGCUCUCAUGUUACAUGGCUGUAUGACAAAGAUCGACCUCAGACUUUCACUGAAGUUUCAGGAGGAAAAGUUAAGCUGGACUCAGUCCGAGCUGUCAGGUUGAGUCUGGACUCUUCCUGCUCUUUGAUCAUUAAAAACAUCACUGCUGAGGACGCUGCUUUCUACACCUGUCGACAGGGGGACUACGCUAAUUAUAGAGAUACAUCUACAUAUCUAAGUGUUCUGACAAUCUCUCCAUCUCCACCAGACGCUGAUCCAAAGAGGGACGCUGAAGUCACAUUAGAGUGUUCUCUGUUCAGACACAUUGAUCUCCAUCACUGUCCACAGAACAGCAUCCGCUGGAUGGAUGAGACAAGAACUGUGCUGCUUGGUGAAGGUGAAGGGUACAAGUUCCAUGGACAGAAGAACUGUGUGUCUUCUCUCACUGUGAAGCGUCAGAGUGGCCACAACAGGAGAUACACCUGUCAGGUGGUUGAUGAGGAGAACAAUGUGGAGAUAGAAGCUGAGUACACACCUGUCUUCACAGGAGACCAUCAGUCAGACACACCUGGUCCAGAUUCCACAAAUGUCCCUCUGAGCUCCAUCAUGUCGACUCUGAGAGUUGCAGGACUGAUCCUGAUGAUUGUCAUCACUGUUCUUGUCAUCAGAGGCACAAGGAGCAGAAAACCACCUGAUGAUGACAAAAAUGUGUGUACGGAUGGUGAUGAAGUCAGCUAUGAAAAUGAUGAAGCACGUCCUGCUGCGACCAGACUGGACUGAUCAGCAGCUUCCACACCGACGUCAACAUCAUCCUUCAUGACUAACCCAAGCUUUGAGUUAAAGUGAUCGUCCUGUGUUUGGGAUACACUGUUUGUUCAUUUCACAGCUUAAAUGAUGUAAAAACUUUCACUGUUUCCAUUCCAACAACAAGCAGCUGUUCUGUAGUUUCAGUUGAUAAAAGAUUCUCAUUUUUAUCAGUGUUUUUCAGAUAAGUGGCCAGAAUAACUGUUGGUAAAGUACAUUUCUACUAAACCACAAACAUGUUGAAACUUUACAUUUCUUUGUGGAGCCACUUUGAGUUUCUCUUUGUUCAGUUUUCAGUUGUGACAAUGCUGUGUUAAUGUUCUGGUUAGGUUCAGGUACAAAACCCACCUGGUCAGGGUUAGGAAAACAUCUCUAUCACUUCAAACACAGCCACAAAUUGUCCUGAUGUCACCAACACGUCUCCAAAUUGUCCCGACGUCUCAUUAAAAAUAUCUGCUGUUGUUUCCAGUAACACGGCUGGAAAAUGUCCCAAACUCUUGAAACGCUGUCCUGCUUUCAAACAUGAGCUUCAUUGUGCUGUGCUGUACCCGAUUUAAUGCCUUUUUUAUCACAAUGUUUGAGUUUCUUAUUUCCAUAUUAGCCCUUCUAUGGACGGGUGCUGUGAAUCAGCGUCUGCAACAAACACUGUGAUUCUUCAUCAGACAGCUGCUUCAGUUUGUCUGUGUAUAUUGUAUCUGUCCCUGCACCAUAAAUAAUAAAGUCAUAUGAGACAACCUGC